AUGUCGAAGAAAUACCCUGCCCCCGACGCGCCAGUGGUGCGGAUAAUUGUGAUAGAGACGGACAACCCUCAUCCAGACACCCAUGCGGCGAAAGGUAGCUUUGGAGAAAUUCUGCACACUCACUUCCAACAUGCCGGCGCCGAGCACGAUCCCCCGCUGGGAGUCGAAACAGACCAGAAGUUUGUCGUGGAGGACAAGGGAGGCACAGUCCCACCGUUUGAGGAUUUUGACAGCUAUCAGGGUGUCCUAAUCACCGGAAGCAUGUAUGACGCCCACGGAGACAACCCUUGGAUUCUCAAGCUCCUGGGAGUUCUUCAAGAACUCUGGGAGCGCCGGCCGGAUCUCCACUUCAGCGGCGUGUGCUUCGGCCACCAGCUUCUCAACCGGAUGCUCGGCGCCAAAGUCGCAUCAGCGCCGUCACAGGACUGGGAACUCGGCCACUGCCGAAUCGACCUUUCACCAGUAGGAAAGCGACUAUUUCACACUAACGACGACUAUGUGCACCUCCACCAAAUGCACCAAGACCAAGUCGUCGCGCAGCCGACAACCGCGAGCUCCAAAGGGCUACUGAAGCCGAGCAACAAGGUCGAUGUUUGGGGUCACAGCGAGCACACCAAAGUGCAGGGCGUUUACAUCAAGGGCCGGCUCUUCACGUCGCAGGCGCAUCUAGCAUUCGACGAGGACAUGGUCAAGAGACAGAUCCAGAUGAGGAUUGAUAGUGGCGGCAUACAGGAUAUGGAACAUGCGGAUCGGGCGGCGGAGACGGCGCAUUGGGAGCAUGAUGGUGACUUGGUGGCUGCUGCCAUUCUCAGGUUCUUUCAUGGCGACGAUGAUGAGAUAGAUUGA